UUCUCACUAUUUAUCCAUUUAUUUAUUGACUUGUGCUUUUUAAAUUACUGUGACCAGUUCGGGGCCACUCAGUACGACAGAAACACGGAACACCUGGAGAGGGUCCAGCGGAGGGUAAACAAAGAUGUUUAACGGACGGGAGCAUCUCUUUCGUGAGGAAAGGCUGAGGGAGCUGGGCCUGUUCAGCCUCGAGACGACCGAGAAGCGGCAUUAUCAAUGUAUUUAAGUAUCUAAAGUGGAAGACGUCAAGAGGAUGCAGCCGGGCUCUGCUGGGAGGUGCCAAGCGAUAGGACAAGAGGCAAGAAAACUGACGCAUAGGAAAUUCCCCCUGAAGAUGAGGAAGAAUUGCUUUCCUGUGCAGAAAUGAUGGCGGAUGAUUUAGAAAAAUUUAUUGAGGACCAGAAGGCCAAGUUAGCACAAGAUAAGGCAGAACUUGAAAAUGAUCCACCUUACAUGGAAAUGAGGAAUAAGGAAUCAGAGAAGCUUUCUGAAACUAGCAAGAUGUUAAUCUCCAUGGCUAAAGAAAAUAUACCUCCAAAUAGUCAGCAGAACUACACUUUAGGUGACUAUGGCUUGAGUUUGCCUCUUGGAGAAGAAUACGAACGAAAAAAACAUAAACUCAAAGAGGAACUUCGACAAGAUUACAGGCGGUAUCUUUCUCAGGGAAUUUCACAGGCAAAAAGAAAGAAAAAUUAUCUGACUGCUGAUGAAGUAGAUCCAUAUACUCAGGGGUUAUCUCUUCCUAUUGAUGAGCGAAGAUCUGCCAAGGAGAGAUUACGGCUUGAAAGAAACAAGGAGUACAAUCAAUAUCUCAGGGAUAAAGAAGAAUGGAAUGAAAGGCUAAGGAGAUUAGGGAAGAAAAACAGAGAGAAUGAGAUGCACAGGAAUAAAACAACUAAUGCUGUUACCAGGCUCCAGCCAGAAUUACAUACAGAAGUCCAGCCUUGUAAUACAGGUGCAGAACCUCCCAAGAAGGAUGCUUUUACUUCCACAGAAGGUUGUGAAGAGCUGCUAAAUAAGAGAUGGCUGGAGGAAGACAGGUACCACAGGUUAGAUGAUGAGGUUGAAUUGAGAAGUCAACUAUUAAAUAAAAGAUUUGAUGAGGAUUUGGGUGUUCCCAAUCAAAGGCAUCAUGGAUUUGCUAGCCAGUCUGCAAUUCCUACUAGGAAGCAUCACAGAAUUGAUGAAGAUGGUGAUUUUGGUAGAAGAUACUACAGAGUGGACUGUGAUCCUGAGACAAAUGCAGAAAUGGACCCUAGAUUUAGAUCUGAAAGCGCCUAUGACAGAAAAACUCCCCGGGGUUUUUAUGCUGAAAGGCCCUAUCUGAAUGGAAUGGUAAGAGAUGUACCUGCAGAUUAUGAAGAUGAAUUAAAGGACAGAGCAUGUAUGCAGCUGUUCUCAAGAACUGGAUAUUCUAGAAAUCAGAUACAGAUUAAUUCUUCAGCUAGUGAACAGGCCAAGUCUGCACGUGAAAGGCAGUAUGCAACAGGCCUUGUUCUUGGUGGUCAGGACCGAGAACUUCUUCAGAGGAGGAAGGAGAAAUACAGGCAGGAACUAAUAGAACAGAUGGCUGAGCAACAGCGGAAUAAAAGACGUGAGAAGGAACUUGAGCUCUCAGUUGCUGCCUCUGGAGCUCGAGACCCAGAAAAGAAGCCAAAUAGAUUGAAGCAGUUUGGCUUCACAGCAAGAGCUUUUGAAGAGAAGGUACCUCCUGAAAGGCCCAGAGUGGCUUUCCAAACUCCAAUGCCAGCCCGUUCAGCCUCUCCAGUGAAUGAAGACUCUCAGAGUGAUAAAGACUUUCAGAGGAGUGUAGUCAGCAGUCUUGGGGAAAUGGUAGCUCCCAGGCUUGCACCAUUGCCACCACCUCCACCACCAGUUCUGACAGACAACUAUAAAACACCUUAUGAUGAUGCUUAUUACUUUUAUGGGGCUAGGAAUCCUUUGGAUCCUGCUCUUGCAUACUAUGGUACAGGAAUGAUGGGAAUGCAACCCACACCGAGUCUGGAACCUCCAUUAGGCCAAGCUCCAGUAGAGCAGCCUGUAAGUAACAUUGGACAGAGGAAUACAGGAGACAGACAAAGAAGCAUAGGAGUGUAUUCUGAAGAAAAAACAAAGCCUUCCAAAGAGGCAACAUUAUCUUAUCAACAAGAAUUACAGCAGCAGAUAAGAGAGAGAGAAGAGCGACGCAGACAAGAGCAAGAGGAGAAGGAGAGGUUAGAAUCAGAAAUGAAGAAUUACAAUCCCUGGGGAAGAGGUGGUGGUGGUGCUCCUCUCAAAGAUGCAGAAGGAAAUCUGAUAACGGACUUGAAUGUCAUGCACAAGCGAAAUGAAGAGGCAUAUCAUAAUCCAGAGGCAAGACUAUAUGAAGAUAAGAGGCCUAUUGUUGACCUAAAUUUGGCCUCCUCAAGACCUGAGAACACAGAAGCAUCUACAAAUAAAAUAGCAGGUAUUACAUUUGCACAGCCCUCUCCUUUUGCUCGAGGUAAUGUGUUUGGUGAACCUCCAUCUCCAGAGCAGCUUAAGCGACAGGAGUCCUACAAGAACUUCCUGCGUCUACAGAUUGAAGAAAAGAGACAUAGGGAAGAAGCAGAGCGAGAGAAACUUAGAAUGGAAGAAGAAAAAGAGGAAAAACGACUUGCAGAGCAGAGGAUGAGAAUUCAAAAAGCAUAUGAAGAGGAACUAGAGGAGAGAAGGAGGAAAGAUGAGGAGCGAAGAUUGAAAAAUAAAGAAGUAAUUCAAUUAAAUGAAGAAAGGAAAAAAGAGGCAGAAAAACAAGGAAAAGAAAAAGAAGAAAAGCAAGAGGAACAACUUAGAAAAUAUUUUGAGAAAAAAAAGAUGGAAGAGGAAAAGAAGACGUUGUCCCGACAAUCUUCACCCCUCAUUCCCGCUCUGCAGAGCAAAUCAGUAAGAAAAGAAGAGAGGAUUCCCUCUGCUGAGAGCCAUCUGUCUUACUGUGCACAAGAUCCUCCACAGCCCAGAGCUCCUUCUCCACCUGUCCCCGCUAGAAGAAAUCAUCUGCGUUCAUUAGAGGAAAGGAAGAAUGUGAUCAGCGAAUUAUCAGAGAUGAGGAAACAGCUUCGUAGUGAAGAGAGGCGACUGCAGGAACAGUUGCUAAAUGUGGCCAGUCAUGAUAAUGUCCCAAUUACACGCAGGAGGAGAGAGAAGAAUCCAAGGGACAUAUUUGAGAUGGCCAGGCUUCGUCUGCAAGCUCCAGUUCGGCGACCUUCCUUAAAGGAGGCACAAGAUCCUGUCAAUAUACAGAAUAUCUGGGAAUUUAAUGAACUUAAAUACAAAGAUCCUGAAACUCGUAUGGUCCUGAGGCACAUGUAUCCUGAUCCUCCAAAAGAUGACCAGACUCUAGAGAUUCAACAGCAGGCACUGUUGAGAGAGCAGCAGAGGAAACUUGACAAAAUGAGAAUGAGGAGAGAAACAGAAGCUUUUGGUGAUCAAGAGGAUUCUGCUUUGGACAGCUACGCACAAACCAUGGGCCUGUUCAGGAACAAAUCUAAUGAAUUCCAGAAAAAUUCACUGUUGGAAUCGGAUAGUGCUUUUAUUGGUGCUAAUGGGGAAAUGUUUUCUGCCUUAGAAGAAAUGAAUUUAUUACCACAGCAUCCACUUUCUGCAAGGGAGAGGAGACGAUUGAAGCAGAGAGCUUUGGAGAGUGCUGAACAUGAGGAAGUUCCACCAGGGCAGACGCCGUUGCUGCAGCCUGACAGCUUCUCCUUGCACUCAAACUUCAGCCUCGACGCUGAUCAGGUGAAAGGCAAGAACGAGGAACGACUGCACAGACUGACUGAGCUCCAGCAGAAAUCUCCUUCCUUGGGUGAUGACAUUUCCUUGGGGGACGUGGACGACCUCCUGAAGCGCGCUCAGUCCCAGGCCAGCUCCACUGACACCGUGGCCACAGAGCCCUGGCUGCGACCGGGAACGUCGGCCACGCUCCGGAGGCUCCUGGCGGAGCAGCCGAGCCCGGCGAAGCUGUCCCCGGAGGCGGCGCUCCCGCUGGGCUGGCAGGGCCUCUCCACCGCGCACGGCUGAUCCGCCCGGGAGCCUGCCAGGGAAUCCCGCAGGGAGAAUUCUCUCCCGUGUACAGUGUGGAGCUGUGUGUGUAACUGAGAAUAGCAAUAAUAAAGGCUCAGACACUACAGUGGAACGGAGACGUAGCACAGGGAUGUUUUCUAUUCUGUGACGUGGGAAAUGGAUGAAAAGCUUGGCAGAUUUUGCACUUUUUAUACAACUUAAGUGUCAGCCUCAGAAACAGUGUGCUGUGUGUGAAUUUGAUAUUAAAUUAAAGAUGUUUUUUAGCUUUAUAGUCAAACUCCAAAAUUUUCUGGCAUUAGAGCAGGCCAAGAGCAGAAGGGCAUUAGGUUUUUACCCAAAGAGUAACUUGAACAAGGACACUUGGUUUUCUUAUAGGAUAAAUGCUGUCCUGCAUGAAAGCGCAGCUGACACUUUCAUGGGAAAAAAUAACUAUUGACAGUGUGUCUUACAUUCCCUAACUUAUUGUGUGCUGAAAAUACAGAUAUUGUUGAAUAUAUUUAUGUUUCUGAUUGAAUAAUAAAGUAUUUUGUUACUAAAAUUAUUUUUGUCAUAAAAAUUGUGAAAGCCGAGUUCAAUUUCCUUAUGCUUUGCUUCAGCUUUCAUUUACUCUUGAACAGACUGGAGUAUUAAGGCUGUCUCCAAAGAAAUAAAAACACAUGGAAAAUCUGUUCAUUGAGAGCACAAAGCUUUAGCAAGAAGGACACAGAGGAAGAUUUUACUUCAGUGAACUACACAACCAAGGUGAAGCAGGGGUAAUGCUGCAGCUUUCCUUUUGGUUAGGAAAUUCCCACUCAGAGCCUAAACCUGAUCAACGGGGGAAAAAAGACCCUAAUAAACCACUGAUGAAAACAAGCACUUUUUAUAAAGGUCUUUACUACAUUGCCACCUUCAAGCUUUUGUGAACCUGUCUGAAGGCUACAGCAGUUCCAUGAUGAUGGCAGGCAAUGUUUGCUGACAGAUGUACUUUCAUGUGGUGUUGAGCUUCUUCAUGGCCUUAGCGUGUUCCUUCCCAGAGAGGAUUUGCCAAAUCAGGGCAAUUCUUACCCUGAAUUUCUAGCUCAACAGUAAGAAGUUUCAUCAGUGUGGGUCUGGCACCAGUGGCCACUCAAGCAGGGCCCUUGGUGCAAUCCCUGACCUGGGCUGGAGCAGGUACGUCGGGCUGCAUGGCUGCUUCAGUCUGGACUUUCCAGAGACAGAGGAAAUAACUUUGUGAAAAUGCUUUAUAAUAACACACUUGCCACCCUCUCAUGCCUUUUAUACUUUGUCACCUGUCUGAUGGCUCUCUCCAGUUGCUUCAGAAGUUGGAGACACAUUCACUGUACCAGCUCCAGGCUAGAUGCAGAAUUUCUUAUCUAACUGCCUACAGAGUUUAAUUAUUUCCUUAAUUUUAAUCAGAAUUUUUCCCCAGAGAGAAGCAUGAAGUGUUCCCCUAAAAAGCCACACUCGUUCCACUGCAGCAAGUUUCAUAAAUGCCACAGACCAGAAGCUGGCAUUCCUUUCCUCCAGUUCAAGGCCAGGAUAUGGCACAACCCCUCUGAAUUACCUUUUUCACCUGUGCCAUGGCCUGAAACCACAGCAGCCCUUGGUACCAUGAACUGUACUCUUCCUGCAGCUGCCCUCCAUGGGGCACUUCUCAGGACACUGAAUCCUUUGCAUCUUUCCCUUUCCAGAUCAUGACAGCCUCACGUGCAAAAUAAAUGUUAUCUGCAGUCCCAGCCCUGAUGGAUACUGAGAUCGCUAAAAGAGCACCUAUUCUCUGCCCCAACUCCAGAUUUUUGAGAACAAUCAUAUAUGUGAGUGUUCAGAGAGCUGCAAGUUGAACACAAUGCCCAGAACACACCUGGUGCUGCUCUGGCAUUGCAAGAGCUAAAGAGGCACAGAAGAGUUAUGAUGACAACAAAAUUCAGCUCCCAAUGAACCAAAAUUAAACAGGUAUUGGGUCUUUUCCACAUGAGCAAUAAAUAAGGCAUAAGAAGGCCAGGCUAUAAAAUAAUAUCUAAAGAGGAGUGCACAGCAAAACAGAAAAGCAGCGAGGUUCAAAACCAGAAAGAGACUCAAAACCCCAACUACCCAAGGUUUUAGAUAGUUCAUUGUACUCACUGCUUUGUCUUGAACACAGAUGAUUAGAAAGCAAUUGGGCAGACACACAACAACAGUGGCUGUUUAACAGGGCAGCAGGGACAGGGACACUCUGGCAAUGGUCUCAGAAGAGUCUGCUAAAGCCAUGCAUGACAAUGAAUAGGAUGGGACACAUUAUACUCACUGUAAAAUUAUUACUGGUCACUUUCGACAAAGACCUUUGGUCUGGCCUAAGAUUAAAACACAGCACAACAAACUGAACAAGUAAAAUAUAGCCAAGAGUAAAGGCUACAAUUAAUUCAAAUAACCUCAAUUCUACCCCUUCUGACUCUGGUAAUUGCUAUUUGGUUUUGCUCCCCCCCAAUUAACUUUGUGAGCAAACUCUGAACCACAGGUCAUAGCAUUUUAAUUUCCUUUUCUGGCUUUUCCAAUAGCUAUUUCACUGAACUGCUUACACUUACUUCUGGAGCCUGCUGUGAAUGUCUGUGGCAGAUACAUUGCCCUGAAAGAGAGGAGGCUCCCUCACACACCUUGCUCUUCACACUGCUCUUCUGUGCCAGUCAGGAGUUUUGUGGGAACACACUGGAGAACAAUCCCAUUCCACUCUAACAAAAUCGAAGAUGCUGACAAGGCUGAGCUGGCUGAUGUGUUCCAAGUCUGCGGAACUGCAAUCACAGCCCUUCUCUUCCCCUUUUCUCCAUCAGCUGUUUGGUGCUUGUGUUUUAAUCCCCAGAGAGCAAAGUGCAGCUUUGAGCUUCUACCUGUGCAGCACUACAGGGUCCCUCUGACCAGUUCCUGUAGCACUUUUAUUCACCUCCAGCCCUGCCCACCUUUUUUUUUUUUUUAAUUUACCACUCCUUUUCCCCCUGUGUUUGUCUCUAACGGUGAGAAGAGGCAUCCCAGUCAAGCAGAGGGCACCCAGCUUUCUGCUCCCAAGGUCUGGGGUUUGCUCCUUUGAAACAAAAGUAAACUGUAAAACAAGUAGCUGUGGAUUAGACUGGUUUUGAUUGCACUGAUGAAAGAGUUCAAAAACUUUAUUGACCUAUAACCUGAUUAGAAUAUGCCAGAUGAGAACCAAAUAUUGUACAGAAAGUUGUACAGAAUUUUUUUUACAUAGAAAACUUUACAUAUCUGUACCAUAUACAUUUUGUCCAUCUGAAAAAAAUUUCUACAUCCAUUGUAAUACAGAAUGCUUGACAAUCUCGUCUGUUAACCAUCAGAGCACAAUUCACAGUAUGAAUACAUUUCCAAUAAAUUUAACCAUCCCCAAACCAUGCCAGAUUUGUUACUUGAAUAUAUCCAACAUUAAAUUCUGUACAUAAGAGUGAAAUCUACAUCAAACAAAAAACAUUUGACAGCAGACACAACCUAGACUUGUUUGCAGUGAUUCAAGUUCCAGUCCUUGAAGGAUCAUCAUUUCAAUGGCUCGUUAUAUUUAAAAGCCCUAAAACAAGUAUAUUACAGGUAGUUAUGUCAGUCGUGAUAGUUCUACUGUUGUCGGCAACAAUAACUUCUGGGCUACAAUGAAACAAAAUAAAACAAAAAUAACAAAAAAAAA